AUGCAACUCACACAAUCCGCCUACCUCCUCUUCUCCCUCUCCGCCACCGUCCUAGCAGCCCCAGGCGCGGUGACAACAUACAUCGUCCCGCGCUCCCUCUAUAAUGAGCUACAGUCCGCCAGCUACUUCGACCGACGCUCCGCCAUAAACGUCGUCCCGGAGGAACGCUCAUUCCCCGACGACGAGCCGCACCUGGCCAAGCGCUGGGGCAUCAGCAUCGGCGCCAGCAGCGACAAGAGCAAGGGGGUCGGCAUCACGCCUUGGCUGUGCGCCAAGCUCGGCGACAGCGCCAGCAUGACCUGCGGCAUGAUGAAGCCGUACUGCCAGGUCGUCGACGCCGACUCUCCCGGCAACAGGAGGCUCAUCCCAGCCGAUGCCGACGUCAGCGACUGCGGGAUCAAGAAUGGGGUCUGCUCAAAGUGGGAUCUGUUCUGCAAGGACACCCCAAAGUAUAACCCCAGCAAUGAUGUGCCCAAUCCCCCUGCUAAGGUCUGA